CCCCGGGGGGGUUGCUCGGGGCAUCAGCUCUGGGGGCUUGGGGCUCCCCUGCACCAUCCCCCGGGGCUCGGCGGGGGCUGCAGGUACCCACCAGCCGCCCCGGGGCAGGGGGGCUGCGGCCAGGGGGGUGCAAAGGGGUGGGGUGGGGGUCCCCGGAGGGCGCGCCCUGCCCGGGAGCGGAUCAGGCGCGGGGGAGGGGUCCCGGGCGGCGCUGCCGGAGCGAGGGGCAGCGGCGGUGCCCGGCCGCGGGGCGGGGGGGUGGUCGCGCCCGGGCGGGGCGGGGCGGGGCGGCGGGGUUAUGUAAAGCGGCGGAUUACCGGGACCCGGGCCUGGGGCGCGGCCGGGCGGCGCCGCGAUGGGAGCAGCGAGCAGCGGCCCCGGGCCGGCCCCGGCCCCGGUGCGGCCCCCCCAGGGCCGCGCCGUGGGGUCGUGGGUGCGGGCGCUGCUGGGCCGCGCUGGGCCGGUACCAGUACCGGGGUCGGGGCUCGCCCUGGCCCCGCGGGGCCCCGCCGAGGAGCCGCCGCUGCCCGGGUGGCCGCUGCCGCAGCUCGUCUCGCUUUUCCUGCCGGAGUUCCCCGUCCGCCCCUCCGCCCGCCAGCAGCAGCUUAAGAUCCUGGGUUUCGUGGCCAAAGGCUCCUUCGGGACCAUCCUUAAAGUGCUGGACUGCGGGCGGGAGAAGGUCUGCGCCGUGAAGGUUAUGCCCAAAGUGGAGGUGCUGCGCCGCGACACCCUCAAGCAGUGCAAGGAAGAAGUCAGCAUCCAGAGACAGGUCAGGCACCCGUUUGUCCACGGGCUGGGGGACAGCUGGCAGGGCCAGCGCCACCUCUUCAUCAUGUGCACCUACUGCAGCACCGGAGACCUUCAUGCACUGUGGCGUGCCGCCGGGUGCUUUGCUGAGGCCACCGUCCGCCUGUUCGCCGCUGAGCUGGUGCUGGUGCUUGUGUACCUCCACGACCUGGGCAUCAUGCACAGAGAUGUGAAGCACUUGUCUUGUUUCAGAUGGAGAACAUCCUCCUGGAUGAGAGAGGUAAGAGUCUGGUGGCGCUGUCUUGGGGACACCCCAUCCAUGGGGACACCCCAUCCAUGGGGACACCCCAUCCAUGGGGACACCCCAUCCAUGGGUCUCUGUGCAGUGUCUUGCUCUACAGGGCACCUCAAGCUCACCGACUUUGGCCUCUCCCGGCACCUGCAGUGGGGUGAGCGAGCCCACACAAUCUGUGGCACCCUGCAGUACAUGGCCCCGGAGGUGCUGAGCGGGGGGCCCUACAGCCAUGCAGCUGACUGGUGGUCCCUGGGAGUCCUGCUCUUUGCCCUGGCCAGCGGGGAGUUCCCCGUGGCACCGGCAGGGGACCACGUGGCCAUGCUGGAGCGCGUCAAGCAGAGCAGCUAUGAGAGCCCACCCACGUUCAGCCCCGCGCUGGCCCGGCUGCUUGCUGAGCUGCUGUGCCACAACCCCCUGCACCGCCUGCGCUACCUCCACCACUUCCAGGGCCACCCCUUCUUCCGCGGGGUGGCCUUUGAUGCCGACCUGCUGCAGAAGGACCCGGUGGCGGUGGCGGUGGCCCCGUGCCCCCCUGAGCAGCCCCCGCCUGACCUUGCCACCUUUGCUGACUUCGACUACGACCUUGCCACCCCCCCGGGGCGGCCCUGGCCCGGCUGAAGCACCGUGGCUGGGACCCCCGGCAUCGCUCAGGGACAUCCUCCCCACCCCGGCGGCGGGUCGGACCCCGCUGGGCCGGGUCCCCCUUACCCCAAGGCUGUACCUCUCCCCGCGGGAGCAAUAAACCCCGGAGCCGCGG